AUCAAACCGCUUGUAUUCCAACAGCCCUCGCGCAACCAGCACUGCAUCGCCAUAACACUUAAGGAGAACCACGUGACUCAGUUUAGCACUGCGCAGGAUGCAGCUAACGAGUACUUGGGCAAGACCGUGUACUAUGGAUGGCCACAUCUCAAGCACGG